UGAACAUUGUUCAAUAAACGCCCUCCUGAGUGCACGCUGUCCAACAGCGACACGGCGAAGACGUAAAGGGAACGUUCACUUUAUUUGACUUUCCCUUCUCAUUCGAAGACAGCUUUCUAAGACUGCUAUGACGUCUCGCAGGUGGUUCCACCCCAACAUCACCGGCAUCGAGGCAGAGCAGCUCCUGUUGACGCGGGGGGUCCACGGCAGUUUCCUAGCCCGGCCGAGCAAGAGCAACCCGGGGGAUUUUACUCUCUCUGUCAGGCGGAGUGAUGAGGUCACCCAUAUUAAGAUCCAGAAUUCAGGGGACUACUACGACCUUUAUGGAGGGGAGAAGUUUGCCACGCUGGCAGAGCUGGUGCAGUACUACACAGAGCAGCACGACCUCCUCAGAGAGAGGAAUGGAGACGUCAUCGAGCUCAAGUACCCACUCAACUGCAAAGACCCCACCUCCGAGAGGUGGUACCACGGGCACCUCUCUGGGCGCGACGCUGAGAAGCUGCUUACGGACAAGGGCAAGCCUGGCAGUUUCCUGGUGCGCGAGAGCCAGAGUAAACCAGGUGACUUCGUGCUCUCUGUCCUCACCAACGAGGAGAAGCAUGAAAAUGUGGACCGCAAGACCAAGGUUACCCACGUCAUGAUCCGAUACCAGGAUGGGAAGUAUGACGUGGGCGGAGGAGAGCGGUUUGACACGCUAGCUGACCUGGUGGAUCACUACAAGAAGAACCCCAUGGUGGAGAAGAGUGGAAUUGUUGUUCACCUCAAACAGCCCUUCAAUGCCACCAGAAUAAAUGCAGCCAACAUUGAGAACAGGGUAAAGGAGCUCAACAAAGUGGCGGACAACUCAGAGAAGCCCAAACAAGGGUUCUGGGAAGAGUUUGAGGUACUACAGCAGCAGGAGUGUAAGCUCCUCUACCCCAGGAAAGAAGGACAGACCGCAGAGAACAAGAGUAAAAACAGAUACAAGAACAUCCUCCCUUUUGACACUACGCGGGUGGAGAUCAGGGAAGCAGAUGCAGAUGUGCCCGGCUCAGACUACAUCAAUGCCAACUACAUCAGAAGUAUGCAUGAAGAGGGCUGUCACGUGGAGGAGGGCAAGGUGUUCAUCGCCACCCAGGGCUGCCUUCAGAACACUGUGGUGGACUUCUGGAAGAUGGUCUACCAGGAGAACACGCACGUCAUUGUCAUGACCACCAAGGAGAUGGAGAGAGGACGGAACAAGUGUGUGCGCUACUGGCCUGACCUCAACGCCACUAAGGAGUUUGGGAAAGUGUGUGUGAAGAACGUGGAGGAGCGUCCGGCUCAGGACUACAUCCUGAGGGAACUGGAGGUGACGCGUUUGGACCGGAGGGAGCCGAUGAGGUAUAUCUGGCACUACCAGUACCUGAGCUGGCCUGACCACGGUGUUCCCAACGAGCCUGGGGGCGUGCUCAGCUUCCUGGAGCAGGUCAAUCGCACGCAGAGCACCAUUCGAGACACCGGGCCCAUUGUGGUCCACUGCAGUGCAGGAAUCGGGAGAACAGGCACCAUCAUUGUCAUUGACAUUCUCAUUGACAUCAUCAACAGACAAGGAUUAGACUGUGACAUCGACAUCCCUAAGACCAUCCAGAGGGUUCGUCAGCAGCGGUCAGGCAUGGUGCAGACAGAGGCCCAGUAUAAGUUCAUCUACAUGGCUGUCCAGCAGUACAUUGACACGGCACAGAAGAGACUGGAGGAGGAGCAGAGGAAUAAGACAAAGGAGAGGGAGUACUCCAAUAUCAAAUACCCCCAGAUGACCAACGCUCGGUCAAAACCCAACAUGACCUGUGUGUCACGCUCCUCCUCUGUGGUGACGAACGACGACCCGUCCGCUGUGUAUGAGAACCUGAACAUCAAGAACCCAAGUACCUCUGGGAACAGCAGUAACACCAGGAAGUAAAAGUUCAGCCACAGACCUCUGCCUCUCUCAACCUCUCUUUUCAACAGAGGUGCCACUUCGCCAGAGCACCAUGGGGGACCUGUGGAGCUCUGGCCCCUGACCCCCUGGCAGUGGAACCCCUCCCGCUGCCCUGCUGGCUGUCUGGAGCCUCCCUCUCCAAGGAUAGAGGGGUAUAGCACAGUGCUCUUGUCCUAUCUCCACCCCCCCCCCCCCCCCAUCUGUCUCUCUCUCUCUCUCUCUCUCUCUCCAACCUCUCCUGUCUACGGACAAAGUGCCUCGUCUACAGACAUGUCUGUAACCCCCGUAUUUGGUCCCACAGUUGUUCCAUCUCAUCCCCUAACCCAACAAAUGUCCUUUGCUUAUUUCUGUCGACUCUCGAACUAAAUCGACACGAGAAACAAACAAUGGUGUACUCAAUGUUCAAGUGAUGUUUUGCUCCAUCGUGUUCAACCAUGAAUGGGGUGGACGAGACAAGAAAGGGUAAAGCUAUGCCGUUUCUCUUUGCGCUGUUGGAAUCCCAAUCUACUCUCUCUCUCGCUCUCUCUCUCUCAAUUCAAUUCAAAGUGCUCACUCUCUCUGCUGGCUAUCAUCUACUUGAACCAAAGACUCUAGCGAUGUUCUGUUUUUGCUAGCAGCAGUCAUUACUGCAGCGAUGAGUAAUGGCGGGGAAACAGUGAAGUGAUCUGCUACCACUGAGGCACUGGCACGGACAAGCAAAGUCCUUACACGACCCUUUCCCAUGAAAGGCAAGAGGAAUGUCAGGAUAUUCUUAAUGGGCCUUUGUCAGUGGGGAGCUGAUUUGUUUAUCUUGUUGGUUCCACCGAUGGUCUUUUGUGCCAUGCUCAUCUACUGUAGUGCUUCCACCAUCACAGCUACUGAGAGCCUAUUCAAUCAAGGAUAAUGAGCUCCUCUCCGGACUCCAUUUUUUUUCUUGUCCUGUGGUUGCUGGAAGGGGGGAGCUUGAAGCUCAAGGAGGGGGAGCUUGAAGCACCAAUUUACUUGUGCAAUUUUUCUAUUUAUUUAGUUUUAAUCUGUGUCCUUUCAAUUCAUUCUUGUUUCUUUUAUUGUUAUUAUUGGUGUGAUUUUGUAAUGUACAGGACAUGGGUUUUAAUGUUAGAUCCAAUUCCAUUAUUAUCAGGCGACAAAAAGCACAACUCUCUGAAUUUGCAGUUGCUUUGCAGAUCCUGUUUUAUAUGUGGGAAAUUUGAGGUCAACGUCAAACGAUAAAAUCGGUCCGAUCUGCAGUCUUUCUCUCUCUGUGUAGGUUGUAACUCCCGUUGGUUUCAGCGAAGGUUUUCCUCCUAAUCGAAUGGCAUGAUAAACAGGGUUAAACCUUUGCCAAGUGAGAGAUAGACAAGGGUAGCAUAAAAUGGGAUAGGGGAGAAGAAAUGUCAGGAUGCCAGCCAGGCUGCCAUCACUGAAGUCUUUAUAAAUAUUACUGGGCCAGAUGGCCUACAGCCCAAGAUUAAAGAGUAGAUUUGUCUCCAAAAAGUAAUUUACAAGAUGGUUAUAAUCCAGGCUUGACUUUGUUUGGGAGAGUAAAAACCGACAUCAGUGUUGAUGUCAUAGGAAGGGUGACACAACACAGCAAAGAGCCUUCAGUUAUUUAUAUAUAUGUAAUGGGCAGUGGCUUCUUUCUUAACUAUUCUUAGCAUUUUGCAGAAAAAUCUAAUGUCUAAGGUGUUCAAACUGGAUUUAGCCAGUGGCUCAAUGAUGUCAUCCUUUGAGCGACACUGCUGGUUGGUUACAUAGAGGCUGUGCAGUGUCGUCUGCUGGUUGUGCAGAGCUGUUCUUGUACAUAGUGUUCAGGCCUUUCAACUAGGGCUUGACUACGUCAUCCCUUGCUCAUCCUAACACCAGUGCAGUAACUUUCCGCAAUACUGAAAGUCUGUUUCAUUAUUUCCCUUCAAAUGAUGUUUCAGUAAGUCCAUUCUAAGUGUUAUAGGACACAUAUUUCACUGCAGUUUAGUUGUUGAUAUAAUACUCAUGCUAUAAGUGGUAUGCUAUAAAUGGUAUGCUAUCCUGAAGUGAACAUUGAAAAUCUUUGUCAAAUGAACCUUCUCCAUUGUUCAACUGUCUGCCGAACUUUCAAUCUUGUCCAAUGAAUGAAAAUGGAAAUGUUUAGUUUCUAUUUUCUUAGGCCUAGAUUCGAUCAGAUCAAGCGUUAACCGGUGAUAGCAGACACUCACAUAGCUGAUGUUUUGGCGGUGUCAGCAAGUGGAACUGCAUUGGAGCUGUCAAAUCGGUGAACAGCUGCUCUUGUGAUCAUUGUCACAAAGCCACACCUGUCCCACUCGCGUUAGUUCAGAAGGAGAAAGUUUAGCCUACAUAGAAAUAAUGACGCUCAAAUUGAAAAUCAUUAAACAAAAUAAUGAGGAUUUCUAUCAGCCUAAUCGAGGUGUAGAUUACAUCUCACAUUCCAGUCUUCGAACUCUUAAUGUGACUCCGUGCAGCCAAUGGCAAUGUCCGCUUUAUGUAUAAUGAUAGGAGAACAUUUAUGCAUUUGACAGCUCUAACGCUGUUCCACCUACAGCACUGCCAAAAUUACUACUGUGUGGAUGUCAGCUAAAUCGGAUGUGAUUGAUUAGAGUCCUUUUAAUUAUGUUGCACUGUUGUUGUUGAUGAUUUUUUAAAUUGUAUUUCACUUUGCCUCUAAGGGUCAACACUUUGUAUGAUGUGGUGAAACAUUGAGGGGUGAAUCCUACUUAGCUUAAAGAUGAAUUUUCAUUGAGUUAUGCAUUGAUGUCAGUGGGAGACUAUGUGAAAAUUUGACUAAAGUGGAAAUUAGUGUUCGCUCUUAACACUUCAAUACUUGAAAUUCUAUUCAAAAUGGCUAAAUCCUGUAGCUGCAGACUUGUGAUCUGUGACUGUCAGGAUGCCCAUUGGCUGUUUUAAGAGUACAGUAUGUUGACAGUCUGCUAGAAGUAUGACAUCGGUGUUGUAAAUUAAAUUUUCAUUUACUGAGGUGUUUUGAAUUUUACAUUUCCUGUUGGUGCAUUUUAUAUUGUGUAAGAUUAUUUGUUUGAUUAUUGUUAUUUUAGUUUCUAUUUGGUGUUAUUACACCGUUGAUAAUAACAUAAUGAUAAUGAAUUGUCAGUGAAGCAGGUGUUCUUGAAAGUAUACAGAAAUUAUAUGAGUUAUUUUAUUUCUGCUCCUUAAUUUACUUGAAUAUGAUGUUGACAUAGUUGGUUGCGAUAUGCCUGAUUUGAGUAGUGGUAUACUGACUGUUCCUGUAUUCAGGUGAAGACUGUUUUUCCCUCUUGCACUGGCUCAGCCUUAACGCCUUCUGUCCAGGCUUAUAGCGCUGAUGCAAUGAGAAUGUCUGAAAUGACAACAAAAUGAUUCAAAAUGUAAUAGUUUAAUAAAAAUCUAUGAAUGAAA